UCGUCAGUCUUUCUCUGAUCGCCCCGAUGAUUUAAUUUAAGCUAUAAGUUAACGCACUGUUUGUUCUGUAAUUCCCACGCGAAGUGAAUUGUCUUGGACAAUCUAAUGCAAUUGAAAGUUACAUGCAUACAUAUGUACAUAUAUGAUUACUAAUAAAAAAGAAAUUAUAUACAUAAAUAUAAAAAAAAAAAGAAUUGCAAUAAACGAGUUUGGAAGCUACCGUAAAGUAGUUCAAAUUACGAGUUAACGAAAUAAAAAUUUGAAAUUAGCUGAAACGAAUCACAAUAGUUACAUAUUGUACAUACAUACACGUAUGUACAUGUAGUGUAAUUAUAAAGAAAUACGUAAAUAUAAAACGCCAAACAAAAAUUAAAAGAAAAAAAAAAUCAACUGAAAAACUGUUAAAUUUGGCAUACAGAGAAAACUCAUCAACCAACGAACGGAAGAGAUAUCCGUAGAGUACUCGAAAACGAUCUGGUGGGUCACAGAUAAAAAGCAACGACUAACGACAAACACACAUACAUACAUAACAAUAUUUAUGUACGUAUAGCCAAUUGUACAGCGCAGGAAGAAAUCGGCACUACAAGCACUAGCAAUAGAAACAUACAUACAUACAUACAUAUAUAUAUACGUAUGUAUGUAAAUAUAUACAAUACAAAAGACGAAACUGCAGAAUAUUCAACUAAAUGUCGAGAAAAGCAAAGAACUGAGAACUGAACGAAGCAAAAAUCUAUUUUUGUGUUUUCAUAAUACCCGAAGUUCGGACACGCCAAAAAAAAAAAAUAAAAAAUAUCUAAAUACAACAAAAUAUUUAAUGCAACAACAAAAUAUUGAGUGCAGAAUGAAAACAAAAGCAAAAAAAACAAUAAUACAAUAAUAGUGAAAAAAGCGUGCAAGGAAACAGAAAGCUUUAAAGAAAAAAGUAUAUACAUACAUAUACAUAUGUAUAUAAUUAAAUAGCACACUCAUAGUUUUCACGAGUAUUUAGCAACGACGCACACGCCUUGAGCAGAAUUUACGAAAUAAUCUUUAAGGCAGCAAAAAAAAUAUAAAUAUUCUUACUUGGUGCGAACACCAUACAGUUCUCAGGCUUACGAUCAAUAAUUAAGAAAUAAUAAUUUUAAAUUAAUAAUUUAUAACCAAAAUAAAAAAAAAAUCUAAAUUAAAUAUUUGAAAAUAUUUAAAGCAAAAGAACAAUUGAAAACAAAGUAAAAAAAAAUUAAAAGUAUACGCACUUUCGGUAGUAUUCCAUCAGGAAAAUUCUAUUCGCACUUCUUCCGGUGCGAACACGAUCAAAAACGAACGAAUCUAAAAACGAUCUGCGAACCAUUAUUGAGAGAACAAUAAAGCAGCAAACUAAAUUCUGAACAUUCACGCCAACGAUCGACAAAAUCGGAGUAAGGAAGAAUUUGACAGACAGUCCAUUGCAAAUAAAAACGACCCAAUACGGAAAAUUCUUCACAUACUUGCGCCGUAAAUGGCCAUAAGGCAUUAAGCAAUAUACUAUGUAUAUAACAAAAUAAAUAUAAUCAAAUUGUAUUUAGAUUUUGUAAUGAAAAUUACUUUGUGAUAUUUAAAAAGAAACAAAAACUACUCAUUUUAAUUGAACUGAAUCUUCAUCAUUAUAUUAAAUAUAUUUUGAAAAUUGUGUUGAAAAAAAACCAAAAAAACCAAAGAUUUUUGUUCCGCGAUAAAGAAAAACUAUUUUGAAGAAGAAAAAGUGUUAUAAACAAUUAGAAAAACAAAGCACAAAAGAGUAAAAAGUUAAAGCUACUAUUACAAAAAAAAAAACAAAAACAAAAACAACGAAAAAAAUAAUUGAAAUGGCUGAAAAAGUGGAACACACACAAGCGGCACAACAAAUGAACCAACAAAAUGAUGGUCGCAAAAUACGAAAAUCGCCAGAAUUCCAACCGAUCGCAAAUAUUACACCUGGUGCCAUACUCAGAGAGCGCAGCUUCGUGCGCACCUCCAAUCAACAGAAUAUAAACAAAAGACGCAGUCUCGCUUUCAAUGUGCAAACGGCUGCAAACCAACAUGGACAAAUGCGUGGAAAACCUGCUAUAGAUAUCUACAGACCACCGAAUGUUCGCAAUGACAACAACCAUUCAACGGUUAUUUCGAACCGUUUAAACAUUAAUGCACAGGAAUUCACAAUGGACAAUUCAAAUACAACGAACACAACACCUCCACGUGGCGAUACACUUAGGGCCGGAGAUAGUCGUUCGUCAGCGGUUAUAUACCCAGCAACAUCUUCGCCUCAAGGCUUGAUACCACAGUCGAAAUCAUCGGUGGCAUUGCAUCAGCAAAUGCAAUAUAUGGCUGCGACAAAUGCAAUGGCUAAUCGGAGACAAGCGGGUCUCUCACUCGGCAGUAUGCCUUUGACAAAUAAUCCGAUGGGCAAUAACAAAAUGCAACAUGUUGGUACUCAUCGACCCAUUUUGGUGACACACUCCCAUCCAAUGGCAAUGAAUCGUUUCUCUGGUGGUGUCUCGCAGCAAAUUCCACUGAUUAAUUCACCGUCCAGCGGCAAUAUAUUGCACCAAACAGCUAAUACUAAUCGCGUAAAGUUCGCUAAUGAGCCGCACAAGCAUCAUGGUCAUAAAAACGGACACAACCAUCUUAGUCACGAUUAUCAACAGCAACAACAACAAUUGAAUGCCAUGUCUCAAUAUGCCGCAGCAAAUGGCAUUAGCACAGAUGCAUACAUAAAUAUUAGUCCCUUGCAACGUUCGAAAUCCUUAUCAUCGGCGGACGCAUUGACUCGUGGCAUUGCUGGCCUUGGUUUAGCGCUAGGCAAUGAAGUAACAGACAUUGGUCAAUUCAAUCCUGAUAUACAAGUACUUAUCGAUACAGCUCUUGAAGAUCCAAAUAAGUUGAAUUCACGUGCUCUUAUGGAGUUGACAUCACACUUUAUUAAACGCGCCGUUGAGGGCCGUCGUUAUGCAUUGCCCAUCUCUCGUCUCUGCCUUAAUAUUAUAGCCAAGGAACAGAAGGAGACUUUCUUGGAAGCAUUGUUGAAUACAUGCCGGCAGUGGUAUCAGGAGCGAGAAAAGUUGUUGUACUCCAUACAAGGUAUGAAGUCCCCUUCACGUCUGCGGUUUACCGCAUUUAUGGCUUUCCUUACCGAAAUGUUCUGUCAACUCAAGCGACGUCAAUUACAAUUGCGUACUCAAUGCGAGGGCGCACCACCGCCACUCGUACUAUUAACACUGCUCUCGAAAUGUUGCGAAGACUGCGUUAAACCUCCUGUGCGUUCGCUAUCCGAGAUCGAAUGCCUUUUCUAUGUCCUCACCUGCAUUGGGCAAGAUAUGGAGGUGCAGCUGCCACAGCAAUUGGAAUUACUCUUAUCGCUGGUGCGUGAUGCUUUCUUGAACGCAAGUGACGCCGCACCCGCCAUUCGUCGCACUCUAUUGCAAUUAAUCGAACUGCAAGCGUCACACUGGCAAUUGCCCGGAAACACUGUCUUAUACUACUAUCCAUCGGCAAAGUAGUGAAAAGACUACGUCUACUCAACAGAUAAAUGGACUCAAUUAAUAUGAACUCUCUUGAAACUGAGCACUUGACGCUCCACUCAAUCAUUUCAAUUUCUGUUCUGUUUUCUAGCUGAAGCUUUGCGAAAAAAAAACAAACUAAAUAAGAUUUGUUUGUGUGUGCAGUUGUGUUUUUUAAUUAUAUUUAAUUUAUUUUAGUCAAAUAAGCGAAGAAAAAUUUUUUUUUGUGAAAGCAUUUACUCAAAAUAAUGCAAAUUGUAUUAAAGUAAGUUCAUAAAUUGCUUGCUUAGAUGUAGAAAAGCCAACAUUAGUAUGGAUUAAGGCUAAAACAAUGAACACACACACAUAGACACACACACACACACACACUAACCAUUAAUGGCAAACGUACUAACACUAAAAAUACGGAAAAAAAAAACAUGA